GUCAAUUGUGCCCUGGACCAUAUAAUCCUUGUAGCUUAGAAAGCCACACUGUCGUAUUUGCCGCCGGAGUGCCAUUUAUUUCCUACGACUGAGGAGAUUUAGUCCGAAGCCGGUCAAUGAUGCUAGGGAAUUAGCACUUGUACGGUCAACGGACUGAUUUGCGAUUCAGAACAGUUUCAUUUGGAACCCCUUUUUGUACACUGGAGUAGAAUUAGGAGGUAGUACGGAGUGUAUCUACGCUGUCUGAACCGCUUCCCCUUGUCGGUCCCUUAUUACUACUCCCCCUCUCUCUCUCUCCUCUCUCCCGCAAGACAUCCUCGCCCCAUAAUUUACUUCCCAGACAGACAACUGGCAGCCUUUUUUUGCUGGACAUAGCAUCAGAUUUCCACCAUGGGAGACACCACACCAGCACUACCGGACUUCGUCCUCGACGCCAAUGCCGUCCUGAAAGACGACAAGGCAGCAUGGAGACACGGCAGAGUCCCCGAUUACUCCAAGACGAGAGCAUUCUAUGAAUCAACCAAAAAAAUGAACCACGAAGCCCGCAGCCUCCCCGACCUCGUCGAGAAACUGGUCAAGAACUGGGAAAUCGAAGCAUCAUACAAAACCUCGCUGUCGGACUGGCGCACCGUCGACCAGACAAAAUACACGCUGUCGUUGAACGGCGGGCCCCCGCAAACCGGAGAACACAUGCUGCAGGUCGGCACUUACAAUGCGCUCCUCACGCCCAGCUCCUACUAUGACCCGGCGCAUAAUGAUUUCAGUGCCAGCCACAAGUCGUUUAAGCGCAUGAUGCCCACGUUUGCGUGGGAGGUGUUGGAGGUGUAUAGUGGGCCGCCGGUGGUGGUGUUUAAGUGGAGACAUUGGGGGAUGAUGGUGAAUGAUUAUGUGGGAUUUAAUGACAAAGGGGAAAAGGUCAAGGUCAAGGCUCACGGUGGGAUGAUUGAUAUCGAGGGAAUUAUCAUUGCCAAAGUCAACGAGAAGCUGGAGCUGGAGAAGAUCGAUGUUUGGUUUGAUCCCAUGGAAAUGUUCCGCCAGAUUGGUCGUGAGAGUGAGGUGGAAGUGGUGGCUGCUGCCGGGGUUUCCGGAUGUCCGGUUCUGCAUGGUCAGGGGGCAUCUCAAUAAUUUCAUACAACAUCGGUGUUUGCGAGCGUGAACAAAUUCUAUCAUCAAUUAUUAUUUUUUUUUUUUUAUCAUUCUUUUCAAGGGGGGAGAGACGAAUUGAUUUGGAGUGUAUUUUGCCUGCCAAAAGGCAGAGCGCAGACAUUAUAAAAGCUAAAUAAAUAUAUAUUAUAUAUAUAUAUGUAUAUCAUC